AAAUGUGUAUUUGGUUGUCGAGUUCAUACGUCCCCGAUUUAGCGUGUUGGCUAACCGGUUAGCAUGUGGGAGGUGAAGCGUUGUGGUGCAAUCAUGUCCCAUAAUGAAUGCUGCCUUGCUUAACCGGCAAGGUUAUUUGUGGAAACUAUUCACGCCUGAAGAACGUAAAAACUGUCACCGUGUUUUGUAGCGUGAAACACCACAUUUCCCCGGUGAGUUACACGUUGACUGACAUGGCAGCCAAUGGAGACAGCUGUGAUAAGACUCAGAGACGCACAGGAAUGAAAGAGAAACAGAAUGGCAACUCCACAGACUCAAGCAUAAGAGAGAGGCGACAGAGAGAUAAAGAAGAGCGCCUGUCUCUUGUGUUAUGGAGGAGGCCUUUUAUUACACUCCAUUACUUCCUCCUUGAGACCUUAAUCAAGCUAAGGGAGUGGACAAUUAAGCUUUGGCAACGACGGGGGAUUGUGUGCUUAGUUUUUGUGUUAUGUAGUCUUUUCUCUGCUGCCUACUCCAUAGAGGGAUCACAUCAAAAAUAUGUCAAGUACCUAGAGAAGAGGUUCCUCUGGUGUGCGUACUGGGUAGGUCUCGGAAUUCUGUCAUCUGUUGGGCUUGGGACUGGUCUGCACACCUUCCUUCUCUAUCUGGGCCCUCAUAUAGCAUCUGUGACAUUAGCAGCGUAUGAGUGCAACUCAACAGAUUUCCCAGAGCCUCCAUACCCAGACCAGAUUGUAUGUCCUCAACUUGUAGGAUCUGAGGGAAGUAUCUCCCUCUUCUCCAUUAUGUCAAAGGUCCGCCUGGAAGCCUGCAUGUGGGGUGCAGGCACUGCCAUUGGAGAGUUGCCUCCAUAUUUCAUGGCCAGAGCAGCACGUCAGUCUGGGACUGAUCCUGAAGAUGAAGAAUAUGAGGAGUUUGAGGAGAUGCUGGAGCAGGCUGAGAAUGCACAGUGUCACAACAGCCUCCAGGCGCCUGCGGAACGCUUGACAGGUCUUCUUUAUGUAGGAUGCUGUCAUCUUUUCCCAAGAUCUAACAAUGGACCUCUCCAAGGCUGCCACAGAAGUUUGUGGCUUCUUACAGGCACUGUCCUCCACAGUUGCCCAAAUGCUAUAAUCCAGGGGAUUGAGAUCUGGACUCUGGGGUGGCCACAUAUCACCUUGUCAAUCAACUUUUUGGUCCGCACAGAUCGGCACUUCCAGACCCAGGUUUUCGUGAGGCUGUUCCAGUAUCUUUCAGCUUCUUUUUAACUUUGUAGACUGCACAUCUGGAUAUUCUCAGAUUUGCUGCAAUCUCAGUAGGUGUCAGACCGGCACGCAGCAAUUCAUGUACAGCUAAAGUUUUCUUCAUUUUCAGCAGAAGCACAGGAAUUGUAGAGACGAGAGAUUACCAGCUGCAUUGAGUGACCUUAAUGAAUCACUUAAGCAUGACAACCUAUUUAGAUAUGUUUCAAUGGCUUUUAAACAAGCAGUCAACUGAGUGUAAACUUUUUUUUGGGUCACCCUGUACUCGUUAUCAUAUACAGUGGGGAGAACAAGUAUUUGAUACACAGUCAAUGGGAAAACCCAUUGGCAGUGUAUCAAAUACUUGUUCUCCCCACUGUAUGAAUGUAUUCUUUUCCGUGCUUACAAUUAUAAUUGGAGUGUUUUAAAGAUACUUGAAAAGUCAAAACUGCAUGAUAUGCCGUUAUAGCCUUUAAAAGAACAUCCGCACAUCCGAGAUGUUUAGUCAAGUUAAUCAACAUGAUAUAUACAGUGGGGCAAAUAAGUAUUUAGUCAACCACCAAUUGUGCAAGUUGUCCUGCUUGAAAAAAUUAGAGAGGCCUGUAAUUGUCAACAUGGGUAAACGUCAACCAUAAGAGACAAAAUGUGGGGGAAAAAAAGAAGAAAAUCACAUUGUUUGAUUUUUAAAGAAUGUAUUUGCAAAUUAGAGUGGAAAAGAAGAAUUUGGUCAACUACAAACAAGCAAGAUUUCUGGCUGUCAAAGAGGUCUAACUUCUUCUAACGAGGUCUAACGAGGCUCCACGCGUUACCUGUGUUAAUGGCACCUGUUUUAACCCAUUAUCGGUAUAAAAGACACCUGUUCACAACUCAGUCGGUCACACUCCGAACUCCACUGUAGCCAAAACCAAAAAGCUGUCGAAGGACACCAGAGACAAAUUUGUAGACCUGCACCAGGCUGGGAAGACUGAAUCUGCAAUAGGUAAAACGCUUGGUGUAAAGAAAUAAACUGUGGGAGCAAUUAUUAGAAAAUGGAAGACAUACAAGACCACUGAUAAUCUCCCUCGAUCUGGGGCUCCAUGCAAGAUCUCACCCCAUGGCGUCAAAAUGAUAAAAGAACGGUGAGCAAAAAUCCCAGAACCACACGGGGGGACCUAGUGAAUGACUUACAGAGAGCUGGGACCACAGUAACAAAGGCUACUAUCAGUAACACAAUGCGCCGCCAGGGACUCAAAUCCUGCACUGCCAGACGUGUCCCCCUGCUGAAGAAAGUACAUGUCCAGGCCUGUCUGCGGUUCGCUAGAGAGCAUUUGGAUGAUCCAGAAGAGGACUGGGAGAAUGUGUUAUGGUCAGAUGAAACCAAAAUAGAACUUUUUGGUAGAAACACAGGUUCUCGUGUUUGGAGGAGAAAGAAUACUGAAUUUCAUCCGAAGAACACUAUACCCACUGUGAAGCAUGGGGGUGGAAACAUCAUGCUUUGGGGCUGUUUUUCUGCAAAGGGACAAGGACGACUGAUCUGUGUAAAGGAAAAAAUGAAUGGGCCAUGUAUCGAGAGAUUUUGAGUGAAAAUCUCCUUCCAUCAGCAAGGGCAUUGAAGAUGAGACGUGGCUGGGUCUUUCAGCAUGACAAUGAUCCCAGAUACACAGCCAGGGCAACAAAGGAGUGUCUUCGUAAGCAGCAUUUCAAGGUCCUGGAGUGGCCUAGCCAAUCUCCAGAGCUCAACCCCAUAGAAAAUCUGUGGAGGGAGUUGAAAGUCCGUGUUGCCCAACGACAGCCCCAAAACAUAACUGCUCUUGAGGACAUCUGCGUGGAGGAAUGGGUCAAAAUACCAGCAACAGUGUGUGAAAAGCUUGUGAAGAGUUACAGAAAACGUUUGGCCUCCAUUAUUGCCAACAAAGGGUACAUAACAAAAUAUUGAGAUAAGUAUUUGGUCAAUACCAAAAGUUCAUUUUCCACCAUGAUUUGCAAAUAAUUUCUUUAAAAAUCAAACAAUGUGAUUUUCUGUUUUUUUAUCCACAUUGUUGAGGUUUACCCAUGUUGACAAUUACAGGCCUCUCUAAUAUUUUCAAGUGGGAGAACUUGCAUAAUUAGAUGUUGACUAAAUACUUAUUUGCCCCACUGUACCACUCGUCUCUAAAUGUGUUAAAUUGAAAAAACAUCCAAACCAAACAUAAGUGCAGCCUGACUUAGAUACAGAAGAUGCAAGCUAGGCGUCUCCCAUAAUGACGAUCCGAAAUCUACAUUGGAAAGCUUGUCAGCUGUCUGUUCCGACAUUUGUGCGACUCUAUAACCAGUGUAGCUCAAAGAAGAAUGGUAUAAAAUUCCAGCAGAGCAUCGUAAGAAACUCAAUGAUGGAUACCAAAAGCGGUUGUUUGCAGUUAUUUUGUCUGAAGGUUGUGCUACCAGGUAUUAGGCUGAGGGUGCCAAUACUUUUGUCCGGCCCAUUAUUGGACUUUUGUGUAAAAUGAUAAUGAUUUUUUUUUUUUUUUCCAUUCUCUUUUGUAUUUUUUUAAUGGCAAGAAAAAUAAAUGAAGAUAUUACUACCAAAGCAUUUGUAAUUGCAAUCAUUUUCUGGGAGAAACUGAGCAUUAUCUGACAGAAUUGUAGGGGGACCAAUACUUUUGGCCAGCACUGUAGGUAUGCUGCAUUUUUUUGGGUAACGAGCAAGUGUUAUGUUUGUAAC